UGACACACCACAACACACCUCACCACAAAUUAGAUGCGUAUAAUACACAGUAACUGCAAAACAGAGUCUUAUCGGCGCCAUUUUUGCAGUUUUUUUUUUUUUUGUUUGUUUUAUCUCUCUCUGCUGUGUGUCACUCUGUUAUUCGAUUCCAUUCCUAUUUUUCUUCUCCUCCUCUUAAUUCAACUAAUCCAUUCAAUUUCCCCCGUUUCUCUCUUAUCCAUAUCAAAAAAUUUCAUCCAUUUAAUUUCUCUAAGACUGUACUAAGCAUUCUACUUCAGCUCAUUCCUAUAGAGUUUUACAUAGAUGGUCUUUUUUUUUUCUUGAUUUGGGUUUGAUUUUUAGUAAUUUGGAGUUGAAUUUUUGUUUCUUGAAACUGAUUUUGGUCCCUUUGCUUAAAUUGAGCUGAAUUGGAUGUGGGGUUUUGAUCUGACCAAAAGUUCAAGUUUUUUCUUGCAGAUUGGAGUUGAUUUUUUUUUUAUAGGUUCUGUAGUUUCUUGAAAUUGAUUGGUUCAUGUGUUUAAAUUGAGCUGAAUUGGAAGUGGGGUUGUCGAAAAAUUUGAUAUUUCUCUUGAUUUGGGUUUGAUCUGACCAAAAAAUCAUUUUUUCCCCAGUAGAUUGGAGUUGAAUUUUUGGUUGUUUUUGUAAUUUAUGGAAACUGAUUUUGGUCUAGAUGCUUAAAUUGAGCUGAAUUUGAAGUGGGUUUUUGAAACUUUUGACAAAUUCUUGCAUUUGGUCACUGAUUUGACCUUCUUGUUCUGCAAACUCUGAUAGUUUUUUUAUAUAGUUUUUUUUGGAGGGUUUUGAAAAUUUUGAAACUUUCUUGCAACUGGGUCACUGAUUAACCCUUCUUGUAAGUGAAAGGUGAUCAAUACUGGAAGAGAGAGACAGAAUAAAGAAGGUGUCUUUUGGGGAUAUUGCUAUUAAAAAAUUGGAAAGGGGGCAAUAGUUUUGAUAGAUCUGCUCUUUAUGUUUUAGUACUCCUUUAUUAAUGUUUGUAACAUCUGUGGAGUUGCCUUUCUUGGAUAGAAAGGGAAGCUUAAGUUAGUUUUUAUGUAGAGAAUUGUUUCAAGAACUAAUUUUAUAUGCAUGAUUGUUCAAGGAUAGCUGAAAAGUCCAUAACUUUUUGGUGGAUUAGAUUAGAUACUUACUGCUUUUGCAGUUAAAGUGGUGGAUUGGAUUUCCAUUAGCAGUCUGUUUAUUGGAAUUUUCUUUCCUGUUUUGAUUGUGUGGUAAUGGUGAAGUUAUUGGAUUGAGGUGGAGGAUUGGUUGGUAGAGUUUGAAGUCUCGAAGGAGGAUAUUAAUACGGAUCUAAAAGGGGAAAUAGGGUGUUUGAUUAUUUUGUUGUUCUGGAGUGCUUAUUGAAUUUAGUUCGGGGCCUCGGGAUGGGGUCCUGCUUGUCAUCUGAUAGCAGGAGUCCUCAUCCCGGUUCUCCUGCAUCUGCAAUUAGGAAGAGGAAGAGCUCAAAGAAGAGGUCGGGAUCGCGGAAUUCUUCCUUUGACUAUCAUAAGGAAGAGCUUUUGCAUAGGAUUCCCGGGCGUAUGUUCUUGAAUGGUUCUAGUGAGGUGGCUUCACUUUUUAGUCAGCAGGGAAAGAAAGGGACUAAUCAAGAUGCUAUGAUUGUGUGGGAGAAUUUUGGUUCCAGAGAAGAUACUGUUUUCUGUGGUGUUUUUGAUGGCCACGGUCCUUUUGGUCAUAUGGUUGCCAAGCAAGUCAGAGAUGCGCUUCCCUUAAAGCUAAGCACACACUGGGAAGUUAAUAUAAAAAGUGAGGAUGUCCUAAGAGAGAUCAGUCUCAAGACGGGGACUAGCUUAUAUCCCGAGGGUACUUCUCUUAUAUCUGCUGAGGAGUCGAGAGUCUCAAUUGAUGUUGACGAGACUGAAAAGCACUCGGAGGUAUUUCAAACGUUGAAGGAGUCCUUUCUGAAAGGUUAUAAGGCUAUGGAUAGAGAACUGAGAAGCUAUACCAGUAUCGAUUGCUUCUGUAGCGGAACAACCUCAGUAACCCUAGUUAAACAGGGUAAGAAUCUUGUUAUUGGUAAUGUUGGGGACUCUAGAGCUGUGCUGGGUACGAGAGGCGAGGAUGAUUCUCUCACUGCACUGCAAUUGACGGUAGAUCUUAAGCCCGAUUUACCAGCGGAGUUUGAGAGGAUUCGCAAAUGUAAAGGGCGAGUAUUUUCUCUUCAAGAUGAACCAGAUGUUGCAAGAGUGUGGAUGCCAAAUAGCGACUCUCCUGGACUUGCCAUGGCUCGCGCUUUUGGAGAUUUUUGCCUCAAGGAUUUUGGUGUCAUCUCAGUGCCUGAAAUUUCUUAUAGGCGUUUAUCUGAGAAAGAUGAAUUCAUUGUUCUGGCGACAGAUGGGAUUUGGGACGUGCUUUCAAACGAUGAAGUAGUAAAUAUUGUGGAUUCAGCUUCAUCUCGUUCAUCUGCAGCUCGAUCACUUGUUGAAGAAGCCGUUCGAGCCUGGAAGAUCACAUACCCAACUUCUAAAGUCGAUGACUGUGCAGUUGUCUGCCUAUUCCUCGAUUCAAACUCAAAUAAUUUCUCUACUGCUUCUAAUACAAAAGACAACGACAAGACUUUCGUCUCAAUGGAAAUGAAUGAAGUUUGCAACAAUACAGAUGGUGCCCGUAGUCCACCUGCAUUGAAUCGUUCCUGUACUGUUCGAGAAGGUGAGGAGGUUUCAGCAGUCAGCAACGAGGAAGCCUCAGAACAGGACGAGUUGCUACCUAAGACUGGUAAAGAAUGGUCUGCUCUCAACAGGGUAUCUCGGGUGAACACAGUAAUGACAUUACCAAGGUUUGUGCCAGACAAAGAAGAGAAGAAAGCUGUUGAAGGAUCAAAAUCAAAGAAGAAAUAGUAAAAACUUGCCUCGCACCAAGUGCUUACACCAAACCAAUGGAUGCAUGACAUGUGUUUGCACAUCGACUUUCCUUACUCAACUAGGGUUAAUAUAUAUUUUCACCUCGUUAAAUCAGUUAACCAUGGUCAGUCUCGUCUGGGUAUUAGUAAGUUUUUACCAUGUCCAAGUGUGGAUUCAUUUCUGUGUCUUAAUUUCCAUUUUCUUUAGUUCUUAUGAUCAGUUUCACUGUAAUAAUUCUUUCUCUAGUAUAUGUGAUAGUAGUAGCUAUUUUGUUUUUUGUUCUGUUCUUUUUCUUGUAAGAAAAUUUUGCAUGAGUAUAUGUUUAUAGACUUCUCACUCUUCUUUA